AUGCUAGCCGGACUUCCUUACUAUAUUGAGCGUCAGCAAGUGCUUGGUCUUCCACGGCAUACAUUGACCAUUGAUGAUGGAAUUGGUUACCUUGAGAGAAGAGAAGCGCUUAAGCAAAUGGAAGAUUUGAAGGAUGAUUUCUUAACACUGGAGUUCCGAAACAAAGUUCGAGAGGUGCUUAAGAAGUAUAAGAAAGAGUUUGUUAGUUUGUAUGCUGUUGAUAAUUAUGGUGAUUGUGAUGAUGAUAUGUUACCCAGUAGAAUCAUCAUCCAUAACGGUGAAGAGUGUACUUCAGAUCCAAAGCAGUAUAUUGAUAGAAUCCGUUCCCGUGAUCCAAAUAAGCUUGAUGCUUCUCGAUAUACAGUCAUUGAGGCCAAAGAUUUGGAUUUGAACAAACAAGUUAAAGAACAGAUCCAAGACCGGUUUGGGGUUGUAGCUGAUGUUGAUUAUGUCUUGUAUGAUGGAGAUAAGAUAAAUCAGUGGCAGUUAUAG